CCUUUCUUGGCAACGACUUCCAGCCAAGGCCUCGAUCUACUUUCGACUUUCGGAUCGAAGCUUCUUCCAAACACAUUCUGGUUCCGGUAUAACUUUACAACAAGCACGAUCUAGUUGUUUGUCUGAUGUUUUCCACCUCAAUAUCUUUCUGGGUUCUAACCAACUGAAUUGAGAGCGUUCCUCGGUUUGUCAUAGCCUACACGACACGCCUUGAAUUUGAAUGAGAAUCAAUCAAUAGUAGACUCUGCUAGAUCUAGAUUCAAGAAUUUCUAGAGAUCUAGAAUCUAGAUAUCUAGGUCUGCUUCUUAGAUUCUCCAAGAUCUAAUAUAAAGAAUCUAAAUCUAGAUCUAGAUCUACAGCUUGUUUCAGUUUCGGCAAAUUACUGAUGAACGAACAUUUUAGAUUGUUGAUCAAUAGAUUAAGACCAUAGACAAAGAAGAAAGAGAGGCUCAGCUGUUUAUCAAACCUUAAAAAUCUUAAAUCUGACGCCAUGUCUAAAGUUUCGAAGCAUGAAGAAAAGAUGAUAAACUUACAGACGCAGAUGCGUCAAAACCAAUCGGAAUUGCAAAACUACUUGGCUGAUUUAGACAACUGGGAAAGCGACAUAAAGAAAAAGGAAGAAAAACUAAAGUCUGGAGAUGCUGGUGGAAAGGGAUCUAAUCUUCCACCUGUUCGGAAUACAAUUCACAAAAAGAAACUGAAGAAGAAGAAGAAAGAGAAAGAAGUUCCCUCAGAUAAACCACGGACUGGAAAGAUCAGUGGCUUUGAUUUCCGAGCUUGGGACCAAUUUGACGUGGAAAAAGCUUUGGAAGAAGUCGAUAAAGAUGAAGGCAAGAAGGAGACAUCGUCAUCGGAGUAUGAAACGGAUGAGGAAUGGGAGCUCGAGAGAAAGAAACAUCUAGCUGGACAAGAAAAAGAUAAGGGUAAUGACUUCCUGAAAAGGGGAGAUAUUGACAAAGCUGUGGAAGCCUACUCAAAAGGUAUGGACUUUGACCCCACCAACGCCAUUUUGCCUGCAAACAGAGCCAUGGCUCUACUCAAACAGCAAAAGUUCGCCGCUGCUGAGCUGGACUGUACAACCUCCAUAUCCCUGGACCCGAUGUACGUGAAGGCUUACCUCCGGAGAGCCACGGCGAGGUCAAGUCUGGGCAAACUGGACGAAGCCGUCGCUGAUUUCAACCGGGUCCUGGAUCUGGAGCCUUCAAACAAACAAGCCAAAACUGAGAUUGAGAGGCUGCAGAAGGAGCUGAAGAGGGAAGAUGAGGCACCUGUGACGACAACGUUAACGGAGGAUGAAUGUGGUAGAGUGAAACCAAUCUACAAGCCUCCUGAAGAAAGGUCAAAGAAACCCCUAUUCCGAGUCCCAAUUGAAGAAAUUGGGAUCGAAACUGCAGCUAGACCUGCCCCAAGCGCUGAUCAGAGUGAACUGGCCAAAAAGAUUUCAGCUAAAGAGAAGGAAGACUUUGAGAAGCUAUUUGUAUCCUCAGCCUCGAGCCCAGCGGGCACCAAGAUUGAGGAACUGACCACAACCAAACCCGCCCUCGUCAAUGAGAGAAGAGAUAUGGCCCCGGAGGACAGAGCCAGUGAUACCAAAAAGGAAAUUCCAGGGCACGAUAAAAUAAAACAGGUCACGACACCUGUAAAGGCACAAGCAUCCCAGCCGGAAAGUCGUCUUGAAGAGCAGAGUCGCUCUACUUCUAGAGACACCAAACACAAAUCUGGCUCCGAGUCCAGUUCUGCAACAGUGUCUGGACCGAAAGUGUCAGCGGCGUCCAGUCUUGCCGUUUCUUCCAGUAGUGAGCGGACGUCCAGCGCCGAUACCGAGGGAGCCGAGGAUAAGUUGAGCCCUCCUCAGACAUCGUUUCAGUUCCAGGCGGACUUCAAGCAGCUCAAGCGCAAGCCAGAGUCAUUCUUCCAAUAUUUCCAGGCUAUUCCUCCUGACAAUUACCCCAAGCUGUUUGGUCAGAGUAUAGAUGCCGAUAUCCUCACCACCAUUCUAAAAACCCUGGCUCUUCACCCAGAGAAAGUUGAUCUGUACUCGGUUCUGCACAGCCUCACUUUGGUGAAACGAUUUUCAAUGACAGCCAUGUUCCUCUCCCGGAAAGAAAAACAAGUGGUGAGUGAUCUCAUCGACUCCAUCAGCAAGACAGGUCAGCGGCCCGACUCCGAGCUGAACUCACUGAGGAAGGCGUACGACUUGUGACCCCUGCCCGAGUGUAUUUGUGACGUGAAUGAAUCAGAAAAUGUUUUGACGAUUUUGUAGCUCUUCAUUCCUCCUCAUGGUGUGUUGUUUUCAUUUUAUAUAGGGUGUGAGAUUACAUCGACGAUCAAUGUAUCUGUACUCUUGGAAUCAUUGUUAAAAUGUCCUGUCUAUGCCUGUGAUAACAGACAGUGUUUGAGAUAGAACAUUUUAUUGGUCACCUGGUUCUUCGACUUGUUUGCUCAGUUCAUGGAAAAUGUAAUUAAGCGUCUGACAGAGCAAAAUGCUUUCUACGAGUCUAUGCAGAUGCUUCAUCUUGUACCAAAUUCAGUGUGACCCUUGUAAGGUGGGGUGGAGGGGGGGGGGUGUCAUACAAGUUUUACGGCACUUGCAAAACACAAUAGGGUCAUAUGAGUGCCGAAGAUUAGGUUUGUUACAAGGGAGUAACAAACAC